CGACAGGAGUGACAGGACUGAAACACUAACUGGCAACUGGCAUUGAAAAGUGUAUUCAAACAGAAGCUUGUAACCACAAGAAGAUGUUUGUCUACCUCAGUAAAAAAAUUGCUAUUCCAAACAGCAUUUUGUUAAAAUGCAUUGCCUGGGACAAAGAAAAUGGAUAUUUAGCUUGUGGGGGCGACGAUGGUCUCUUGAAAAUUGUUCGGUUGGAUUCCAAUCAGAAUCAGAAUGUACCUAAUUCAAUUGGUCAAGCCCAACAACAACAGUCCAAUCUUUCUGCAAAUCAAACCUUAGAAGGGCACAAUGGAUGUGUGAGCAUUGCAGUGUGGAAUGAAACUAGCCAGAAGUUGACAACCAGUGACCAGAAUGGCUUGAUAAUCGUCUGGGUUUUCUUUAAAGGAACCUGGCACGAAGAAAUGAUAAACAAUAGAAACAAGUCUGUGGUAACAGGAAUGACAUGGAAUGGUGAUGGCCAAAAAAUCUGCAUUGUUUACGAAGAUGGUGCUGUUAUUGUAGGAAGUGUCGAUGGUAACCGUUUAUGGGGACGUGACCUGAAGAAUGUCCAACUUAGUCAAGUUGACUGGUCACCAGACUCAAAAAUGAUAUUAUUUGGAUUAAGCAAUGGGGAAGUACACCUUUAUGACAGUGCAGUUACAUUCAUAAUGAAACUCGGUUUGAAGGCAGAGUGUACCCUGGUUGCGCUGAAAUGGUUCAAGUAUUCCAUCUACCCAGAAAAUCCAUCUUUAGCAAUUUUAUUUACCGACGGCACUCUACAAUUGAUGAAAAGCGACCAAGAUGACAGCCCUAUUUUAAUUAAUACUCAACUUAAACCAGUUGACUGCCAGUGGAAUCAUGAUGGCACAUUAUUAGCUAUUGCCGGCCGUUCAUCUGAUUCAAAUCCUGGACCGAACCAGAACAACAUCAAUUUUUAUACUCCUCUCGGAAAAUUAAUUAGGACCAUGAAGUUACCAGGAAACCAAAUUGCUGGUUUAAGCUGGGAAGGUCACUCUCUCCGUCUAGCUUUUGCCAUAGAUUCGUUCAUCUACUUGGCUCAGGUCAAACAUGACUACAUGUGGACUUGCUUUUCUAAUACCCUAGUUUAUCAUUUCCACAGAAGGAAUAAGCCAGAGAGCUAUGUCAUGUUCUGGGAUACCAAAAAUAAUGAGCGUUACGUGAAACAAGUUCGUCAGUUUAUUGGUACUGCUUCUUGUGGAGAUCACUGCGUUCUAGCUACCCGACUUGACGAUGAAGAGAUUCAGAUAAGCACUCAGUGUGACUUCGGACUUAUCCUCUGUAACGCAUUAGGCACUCCUGUCGACAGCAAAUAUGUCAGUUUGGAACCACGUUUGGUGGCAAUGACUUCCAGUCACGUCAUCACUGCUUCUGAUAGAAGCUUCAUGCUUUGGCAUUAUCGUACACCACGAUCUCAAACUACGAUAGACCUAGCAGGCAUCAAGCGAGAAAACAAAGAAAAAAUCUACAGUAUAGAGACGUUUUUGAGCGGUGAACAUUCCUUAUCGUGCGUCACAGCCCGAGACAAUGUGUUAAUUUUUGGAACCGACUCCCGCAAAUUGCUAGGAUUCAAUCUCAGCUCAACGACUGUCCAAUUUGUCAGUGAUAUUCAGCUGAAUUUCGAACCAGUGAAAAUGUCUCUCAAUUCCAAUUGCACGAAACUGGCAAUUUUAGAUCACAACGGAAUAUUGCAUAUUCUCCAACUGGAAGUCGACGGGGCAUCCUUUACACUUGGCAGUGUUUUGUCGUUUGAACGACGAGAUGUAUGGGACUUGUGUUGGGCAAUGGACAACCCUGAACUAUUUGCGUUGAUGGAGAAAACACGCAUGUACAUAUUUCGCAAUUUAGAACCUGAAGAACCGGUUGUGUGUUCCGCAUAUCUUUGCCAUUUCAAGGAUUUAGAAAUUUUCGCUGUUUCACUUGGAGAUGUGUUGAAAGAUCCUGAAAACCCUUCGAAAGAUGAUUUAGUUGCAAUGGAAACUAAAUCUUUAAGGGAUACUAGGCACCUUCUGGAGAAAGUAGGAACAAACGAAGCCUAUCAAUUUGUAGAAGAAAAUUCUCACCCGCGUUUGUGGAGACUUCUCGCGGAAUCAGCUCUUCAGCAAUAUGAUUUACAAGCAGCCGAAUCUGCCUUUGUGCGAUGUGCUGAUUUUGCUUCGUUGCAGUUGUUGCACCGGCUGAAAAAUCUCCCCACUGGAUCUGCAUUGGUUAAAGCAGAAGUGGCAGCUUACUUUCACAAAUUUGACGAUGCUGAAAGUAUCUACAUAGAGAACGACAGGAGAGACUUGGCUAUGGCACUCCGCCGCAAACUGGGUGACUGGGCGCGAGUUUCCGAAUUGCAGAACGCAGCCACUUCGACUGAUUUAGAGAACAAGUCCACUUACAAUCAGAUGGGCAACUUCUUUGGCGAUCGUCAUCAAUACACCCAAGCCUCUCGCUAUUACAAGUUGGCCGAGAACAAUGAAAAGUUGGUUGACUGCUACUACAACAUGGAAGACUACGAUAAUUUGGAAAAGUUGGUAGACUCGUUGGAGGAAAGGGAUCCUCUUAUUUCGAAAAUCGCCUCCAUGUUCACUUCGGUUGGGCUGUGUCAGCAAGCUGUUCAAUGCUACCUAAAAUGCAAUCAAAUGAAAGCAGCGCUGGACACCUGCGUUACACUUCACCAAUGGAAUAUGGCAGUUGAACUUUCUCGGCAAAUUCAGGUCCCGGAAAUAGCUUCACGUUUGGUUUCUCAUGCCGAUCGACUUCUAGAGCACGGGAAGAUAUCUGAUGCUGUGGAACUCUUUCGCAAAGCCAACUGCCACAAAGAAGCCUCCAACUUAUUGUUUCAGGUCGGCGAACAAGCAAUUAAAAAAUGGAACGAUCCUUUGAAAAUCAAAAAGUUGUUUGUUCUGGCUGCCUUGCUUACCGAAGAGGCUAAAAACGUCACCACUCAAAAUUCACUCACAAUGGAACGCGUUUCAAAGUUUCUAGAUGCUCCUUGGCGUCCAGCGGAAGCUUGGCACUACUUCAUACUAGCUCAGCAGCAGUUCCAGCAAGGCAAACUCGUCGCUGUCAUGGCCACCUCUGUCAAGCUACAGGAUUACACCGAUAUCCUUGACGAAGAGACCGUGUUCUCAAUGUUGGCCCUGGCUAGCGCUCUCAACAAGUGUUUCAACGUUUGUUCAAAAGCUUUCACUUGCCUGGAAUCCAUUCCUUCUUUAAGUCCAGCCGACCGCGAGAGUUACAGUCUCUUGGCAUUGGAUAUUUUCACCAAAUAUCCACCCAAAGAUGGUCGAUCUAGCCAGAUUGAAUGCCCCCACUGCGCAACUGAUAUUCAAGACUGGUCGAAUAACUGCCCGGAAUGCAACAAUCGAUUCUCAAGUUGCGUGGCUACAGGGAGACCUUUAAUGGAUACUUCGUUGAUUUGGACUUGCAGAGUUUGCAAGCAUAGCGCUGCAGAGCACGACGUGCUUACAAGAAAUUCUUGUCCACUUUGUCAUUCCCCUAUUUAAAACGCUGGAUUUUCCACCAUGAAUGUAUCAAAACUGUUAAUUUAAUCCGUCCACACAUUCGUGUCAUCCAUAUCAAAGCAGAUCUCAAAAUGAUUUUCAUAGCAUUGAUAAAUGAUCGUGAUUGCAUAAUAAUGCAUAUAGAAACACAUUUACGCUCUGUGUAAUGAUUCGCCCUUUUUAAGUCGGAUUUGUAUUUGAAACCGACAGUAUUUAUUUAUUGUUUGUCUAUGCUCGUUAGGUCGUGCAUUUUUUUUUGUGGGAUUAACGCUGAAAUAUAUAAGGGAAUCUUGCUAUC